CGGGCGCCCCAGCGGGAGGCGGCCGAGGCGGCCCAUGAGUCAGGACGACAUGCCGCAGCCCGGAGCGUGGCGGGGCGCCGAGGCCGAGGCCGCGUCUCCGGGCCCCGAGGGCGCGGGGCUGGGCCCGCCCGAGCCGUGCUGCUUCUCAUCAGAGUUGAGUUCUGCCCUACCCAGGAUUGAGCAGAAACAUUUGCACCUGAAAUAUAAAGCAUCACAAAGCUGAGAUAUUUUUGAGGGAGGAGGACAUGUAUCGUGAUGCGGAUGAAAUAGAAAAGGAGAAAGAAUUACUAAUACAGGAAAGGGGGUCAUCAGAUCUCAGGUUGAGUAUCGCUCCUGAAAUGGAUAUCAUGGACUACUGCAAAAAAGAAUGGAGGGGAAAUACAGAUAAAGCAACAUGUAUGAAAAAGGGCUACGAGGAGGUGUCUCAAAAAUUCACCUCCAUCCGGCGAGUCCGAGGAGACAAUUACUGUGCGCUGAGGGCCACACUCUUCCAAGCCAUGAGCCACCCUUCGGAGCCGCCCACGUGGCUGCAGGACCCGGAGCUCACGCUGUUACCAGAAAGACUCCUCAGCAAAUACAGCUGGAUCAAGCAGUGGAAACUUGGACUGAAAUUGGAAGGGGAGAGCGAGGACCUGGUUGAUAAAAUCAAGGAGUCCCUCUCUCUGCUAAAGAAGAAGUGGACAAGCUUGGCUGAACUGAGUGCUGUGGAAGCAAGGCAGACAGCUUGUGAUGAACUGUUCACGAACGAAGUAGAGGAAUAUAAACUGUAUGAAGCUUUAAAAUUCCUAAUGCUCAACAGAGCCAUUGAACUCUUUGAGGACAGAGAGAAGGGAAAGGAAGUGCCAUUUUUCUCUGUGCUUCUGUUUGCUCGGGAUACGUCAAACAACCCUGAACAGCUGCUGAGGAACCAUCUGAACCACGUGGGUCACACUGGAGGCCUUGAACAGGUGGAAAUGUUCCUUCUCGCCUACGCUGUGCACCACAGCAUCCAGGUGUACCGCCUGUCCAAGCACAACACCGAGGAGUUUGUCACCGUCUAUCCCACGGACCCGCCCGAGGACUGGCCCACCGUGACCCUGAUUGCUGAGGACGAUCGGCACUACAACAUCCCUGUCAGAGUGUGCGAGGAGACGAGUCUGUGAGCGCCACCUGGAAGGUUCCGUGGCCAGCUGUGAUACUGAGCUUGCAGCACUCGGCGGCUCGAUGCAGUAGGAUGUGGGGGCUCCAGGUGCAUCUGAUGCAAGGUGCAGACUGCAGCUUCUCCAUGAAAUAAAUAGUUUUGUACCUGAGGAGAUUCACUUUGGGAAGGAGUACGUUCUUUAUAUCCGGGGUCUCUGCUGGCCACCUGUGCAGCUGGGAGUCCUGUCCACUUCUGCCUCUGACCAUACUCUUCUUCGCAGUGCAUCGGGCUGUAGCCGUGUCUGAGCUGCUGGGCGUGGAGGGGCCUGGGGUGCCCUGGUCCCCACCCCCCAGUUCCUGGAGUCAGGAGGAGCUGAGAUGUGGCUACUUGCAGAUAUCUUUCAGGCACUCUACAGAGGGGAGAGGUAGCCGACUACAUCCCCAGGGACGGCCACGUUCCUGUCACCAGAGGGCACGCCUCACUGCAGGAGCUCUUGCUUCUUGCCUCAAGUGUGGGCGAGCAUCUGGCCGUGCCACAGCUGCUGGCGAUCGGAGUUAGGCUGAGGGAGGAGCAUUUUGCUAGGAGCAUUCCUGCCUGGUACAGGCUAGGGUGGUCAUAGGGGUUGGGGCAUGGAGUGGUGCGUCCGUGGGGUUUGGAAUGUGGCCAUUUAUCUGCUUCUGCAUUGAUCCUGACAACCAGACGUCAGGGCUGGGGUGGUCUCACAUCUGGCGGCAGAGAGACCCUCGGAUUCCAAGCUUUAUUUGAUAGUAAUUCAAGUCUUUCCUGGUGCAAGUUCAAGUCAUUCAUAAGGUCUCUUACCUCUUUGUUUGGGGAAGGGCAUGCCUUUUUCCUUUAUAGAGUAAGUUUUGCUUUCACUGAAAUACUAAAAUUCUUACUUGAGAAAACUCAGGAAGCACCAAACUAUGCAAACUGUUUCAUGAGUGUUUUUUCCAGGCCCUCAUCUCUCACAGUCACAUCCUGUCCGUGUGGAGGCAUUGGCGAGCCUUCGUGUUCUUCACUGUGAGAUGCAGUGGUGCCUCACUCGGGAGGUGCCUUGAAGCCAAACUAAAGGAAUAGUAAUGAUGUCAUUUUAGUGCAGGUAACAUUGAGUGUUUGUUCUAGUGCUCAUUGUGGCGGUGACUAGACAUGCUUACCAUUUCUCCUGGGAACUCUGUAAAGCACAACUUUGAAUGUAUGGGUUGAUUGUCUGAGGCCGUGGAAGUCUGUCCUUCGGAGAGCCUUGGGGUCUGUUCGUCUCUGCUGUUGGAUUUAGCAGCAUUCAUGAUUCCGAUCAUCUUUGCCUUUUGAAAAUGUCUUAAUCUUAGUGAACAGAAAUUCUGGACAACUUGCCUGUUUACAUUUCACACGUUUUUCCUCUUCCUCUGUAAAAUAUUGUUAGAGUUUGCAGAAAUUGUGGUCAUGGGCACCGUGUUAUAAAGAUCUGAAAGGAUGCACUUUCAGCUACUUCUCAGGUCUUGUUCGGCUCCUCUCUCAGACUCGCUUGAACAGAGCAGUGUACCCGAAGUCAAGCUUUCACAGAAAUAGUGCUCUGGGAAGUCCAGGGGACCAAGUCUUCCACAGGCCGUUUCUGGUUGCAAAUUGCAAUUUCAGUUUCCCUCCAUCUGAAUUGCACCCGCCAUUCCAGUUCUUGGUCCGACAGCGGCAGAGAGAAGUGAACUGAACCCUAACUGGGUUCAGGAGGAUUGAGGAGGACGGCUCGGGAGGAUCUUGAAGGAGGAUGGUCAGGAAGGCGGAUCAGGGGAUGGGUCCGGAGGGUGGGUCAGGCAGAUGGCCUCCCAAGAGCGAGCUCUAAGUGAGCAGCUAGCCUGGAGCUGGUUCCUUGCUUUCAGCACUGUGGGACCCAGGGCCCUGCGAGAGUCGCUCUCCGUGAAGCAGACGGAACUUCCUUCUCCCUCCUCUUUCCUGGGCAGGAUAUUUCAGCCUCACAGAACCCACCUGGAAGGAAGGACUUGCCCGCCCCCAAGAAGUCCCUUGUGACAGGCUGGUGGAAUGAGCACUCCUCCUUGAGAGCCUUUCCCCUCCCCUGCUCGACCCGUCAGCACGUUCAGCCUCUGCUGACUGUUCUCCCAGUGUGGCCGAGUGUGGGGCAGCUGCAAACCAGAGGCAGCACACACAGAGCCUCCCUGCACACCCGAGUCAGUGGGGUUAUCUGCAGGGCGGCACUUCCUGGGCGCAGCCGCCCUGAGAAGGUGUCCUUGUGCACCCAGCAGGGCAGACUCGGGAGCCCAUUCCCACGUCAUGGCCUUCGCUCUCCAGCGCUGCUGAUUUUGCCUUCCCGUCCCUUCAGGCCUUUUCUUUCCGAGCCCUGGGCACAGCAGUCCAAUCUUAGGCCGCUGCGGCACGCCUUCGUGGGGUUUCAGGGGCUCUGGGUUUUCUGUUGAGUGUUUCAGCUGUGUUAUUCCCCCCACCGACCCCUCACCCCAUGGUGCUGGUUUACCUGAAAAACUGUAGUCUGCUGCUCAGAUACUUGAAAGCUCUUCCUGACCUCUUUCCCACCUGCUUCCAGCCUCGUUUCCUUCCUGUGGUUCCCCUGCCCACCGGUUGACUCCCUGGUUUCGUGCCAUGCGCUCCCCGCCCUUAUCAGUUAUCACAGGUGGUCUCCUGGGAGUGUCAUGGUGGCCCUCUGAGGGCCCUGUGGUGCCGUGGAAAAUGGCUCAUCUGGAUGCUGCUUGUGAGGUGCUGUGUGCCCUGGGAUGAACCAUCGUUCUCCUGUACCAUCAGACACUGGCGCGCUCCCACUUCCAAGCUGUGGGAGUGGCCGUCGGUCUCUGCCUUCAGAGUAGUUUGCAGGUGCUCCCGUCUGUAGAAUACCAGAAAGUGAUUCGGGAUCUGACCCUUUGGGGAGUCGUGUAAGUGUAUGUAAAGUUAAACGCCUUUUUAGGAAAGAUCAGGACUGCUUAACGGUGAAAAGAAAGCCCCGGUGCCUGGCGUGACUCUGAAACGUGGGCGGGAGACAGCGGAUCCCCAUGUGGUGCCGUCCACGCAGGCCACGGUGUCAGGUGCUGUACCAAGCCACCCCCGGAGUGCUGGGAAGCGAACAACAGCACUGCAUUUAGGGGAGAAGUGCUGCUGCGAAACAGAAUGGCACCGGUGGCCGCCUGGCCGCCUCCUGGGUCCCAGAGGAUGCAAGUCGGAGGGAGUGGAAGCGCUUGGCGGACAUGAUUCCACAAACGCCUUUUCUCAGGUUUCCGUCCCUCCGUCACAGAAGCCUGGUCUACACUGGCGCUCUGGGAAGGCUCCGGGUGAGCGUGUGUGUGACCAGCCCGGGCAACUCCUGUUAGAACUCGGGCCACAGAGCACAGAGCCCACCCGGGAGUGUGUCGGCCCUUGGUCCCAUGGGACAAAGGUGGCAGGUGGGGAAUAGUGUGCGUGGUGCAGUGCACUGAGAUAGAUCCCUGUGAGUGGGCAGGAGCCAGUGUGUGGCGGCAUCACUCGGGGUGGCCGCUGUGCUGGCACUAGGAGGUAUUCAUGGUGGUGGAACGUGUGAACCGUGGUGGUGUGCGUGCCCACACCAUGGCCACCGGCUGUUCCAGGGUGGCCUCUGCCCUGGCCCCUUCUCAAUUCUGGUUAGAAGGACAUCGCGGAAGCUGGACAUGGGCCCAGCGGCAGGGCAGCUCUCCCGGAAGCGGGGGGUGGUCUCACUGAUAAGGCACUUCCGAAGAGCCCUUUGCGCUUCACUGUAAGGGCUUCUGCGUGUUGAACCCAGCCCUCUCUCUGUCAGCAUUAAUGGUGCUAAAGUUCUGUUACCCCCCAGAAGCCUGACGGCGCCCGUCUCCUCUGCCUCAGUGCGCGAACAGAGCCAGAGUGGGCGCACCUCCGCAGCUCCUCCUUGGAAUGGCCUGCCUGCUCCCCCUGGGCUGCGGCUGCUCCCACCGUCUGCUGGGACUCUGUGAGCGCCCUGGGCAGCCUGCGCCCCUCCCCACCGCCCCCUCCCGCCCCCCCCCUGCAUUUUACAUGGGGGAUUGUAAAAUAACCCGAAAUAAACUGGA